CAUACAUACUAACAUGGAGAUCAGAAAGUUAUCUUCUCUGUUAUCCUGGUUGUUUUUAGCAAUGGCUUUCAUACCAAUCAUACCCUGCGAUACAGCCACCAACAUCACCACUGAUCAGUCCUCUCUUCUUUCUUUGAAAUCCUACACCACCUUAAGUCCCAACCAUACAUUGGCAAACAACUGGUCAAUCACUACUUCUAUUUGCAACUGGAUUGGAGUUGUUUGUGGAUCCAAACACCAUAGAGUGGUCGCAUUAGACAUAUCGAGUAUGGGUAUCAUGGGUACACUUUCUCCACAAUUAGGCAACCUCUCAUUUCUUGUUUCUCUAAACAUAAGUUACAACAGUUUUUAUGGAAAUUUGCCUAGAGAAUUAGCUAACCUACGCCGACUACAAUACAUAGAUUUUGGUUACAAUAACUUUAGUGGGAAAAUUCCAGUGGAGUUGGGCAAUCUUGAGAAUGCAAAAUGGUUGAUAUUGAAAGUUAACCAACUUGAUGGUCCUAUCCCCUUCACCAUCUUCAACAUUUCCACAUUACAAAAUUUGGUCCUCAACAAUAAUAGCCUAUCUAGCUCUCUUCCCAUGAAGCUAUGUCAACAUGCUACAAGACUCAAAGUGUUUCGCCUGCACUUCAACAAGUUGAAUGGUGAAAUUCCAAAGAAUUUAUCAAGUUGCUCAAAACUUGAAGAUUUGAGGUUGAGUAACAACAAUUUUGUCAGGACAAUUCCUAGAGAGAUGGGGAGCUUGAAUAUGCUUCGGAUAUUAAUGCUCGGUAAUAACAACUUAGAAGGAAUAAUACCCGAAACAAUAUUUAAUAUUUCUGCACUAACAUAUAUAAGCAUGGAAAACAACAGUCUGUCUGGUAUUCUGCCACCAAACAUGUGUUCACAUCUUCAAAAGCUUGAACAACUUUACUUGUAUACGAACAAGCUAUAUGGCAACAUUCCAAGGAGCAUAGGUGAAUGCUCUAACCUUCAAUAUCUUCAUAUGUGGGAGAAUCAACUAAAUGGGCGAUUACCAAGACAGAUUGGGAAUUUGACAAUGCUAAAGGUUCUUAUUCUUGAUAAGAAUUUCUUGUCAGGUAAAAUACCAAGAGAGUUGGGCAACCUUGAUAAGCUAGAGAUCUUUUGGUCGGAUAACAAUAGAUUAAGUGGUUCUGUUCCAUGGGAAAUCUUCAAUAUGUCGACAUUGGAAAAACUAUCACUGGAAUAUAAUAAUUUGUCAGGUACUCUUCCUCCAUCUUUAGGUUAUUGGCUUUCCAAUUUAAAAGAAUUGUACCUUCGCAAUAACUACAUUGGAGGAGUUAUACCAGCCCAAAUCUCAAAUGCUUCCAACCUUGCUGUUAUUGAAUUUAGCCAAAAUCAAUUCACAGGCUUCAUUCCAAAUUCCCUUGGAAACUUAGCACAGCUCAAUUUUCUAAGUUUGGUUGAGAACAAUCUAACCACUGAUCCUCAAUUUAGCCUUAUGAUUUCAUUGGCAAACUGUAGAUACAUCCACACAAUAGAGUUAUCAACUAACCCUUUAAAUGCCUUGCUCCCAAAUGCAAUCAGCAACCUCUCCACCACUCUCCAAUAUUUCAUCAUAGAAAAUUGUAACAUCUGGGGACGAAUUCCACAGGGGAUUGGCAAUCUAAGUAGCCUAUUUUUGUUGAGUUUUUGGUCCAAUGACAUUAUAGGAAUUUUGCCGACAACCAUUCAGGCUCUUCAGAGUCUUCAGCUGCUGGACAUAUCAGAGAACAGAUUAUUAGGAUCAUUUCCAAAUGUGAUCUGUGAACUACAGAAUUUGUUUUGGAUAAGUUUAGGAAAAAAUAAAUUUUCAGGUCCAAUCUUAGAUUGUUUAGGGAACAUUUCUUCCCUGAGAGAGAUUUAUCUAUAUGAAAACAAAUUCACUGUCUUCCCUCCUACCCUAUGGAGCCUUGAAAAUCUUUUGAGGCUGGAUUUGCAUUUCAAUAACUUGAGCGGUUCACUACCUCAAGAAAUCGGGAACGCAAAGAAGACAAUACUUAUUGAUCUCUCAUAUAACAAUCUAUCUGGAGAAAUUCCGAGUAGUAUUGAAGGUUUGACAGAAAUAAUAAAAUUUUCUGUAGCUCAUAACAAAAUCCAUGGUUCUAUUCCUGACACAAUCGGCAAACUCUUGGAUCUACAUUCAUUGGAUCUUUCUGAUAAUAAAAUCUCCGGAAUGAUUCCCAAGUCAUUAGAGGGACUUGUAAGCCUGAGCUAUUUCAAUGUUUCAUACAACAGAUUAAAUGGAGAAAUUCCAAGUGGAGGCCCUUUUGCCAACUUCACUUUUGAAUCAUUCUUGGGGAAUGAUGGUCUAUGUGGUACUUCUCGGAUGCAUGUCCCACCUUGCCCUGCUAAUACUCCUCGGAUGCAUCAAUCAAUCAAGAACAAAUUGGUUCUCAUUGCACUUGUCUCGUUGGCAGUUCUUAUAGUGCUAACUGCCUCUGUUUCUGUGCUAUGCAUAAUCUUCAAGAGGCAUAGCAGGGAGGUUCCAAAUGAACCAAACUUGCUGUCAGAAAUAUCACCUGCAAAAUUUUCGUACUAUGAACUCCAACGAGCAACAAAUGGAUUUGAUGAAAGCAACUUGCUAGGUAGUGGAAGCUUCGGAUCAGUUUAUAAAGGGAUUUUAACAAAUGGGAUGCAUGUAGCUGUCAAGGUUUUUCGUUUGAUACAUGAAGGUGCAAAUAGGAGUUUCGAUAGUGAGUGUGACAUUCUACGCAAUAUUCGUCACAGAAACCUCACAAAAGUCCUUGGUAGUUGCUCCAACUUGGAUUUUAAAGCAUUGGUGCUACAGUACAUGCCCAAUGGGUGUUUACAUAAGUGGUUGCAUUCUCACAAUUAUUUUUUGGAUAUGAUACAAAGAGCUAGUAUAAUGAUAGAUGUGGCAUAUGCUUUAGAAUAUCUCCACUAUGACUACUCCAAUCCUAUUAUUCAUUGCGACUUGAAACCGAGCAAUGUCUUAAUAGAUGCUGAUAUGGUGGGACAUCUAUGUGACUUUGGUGUUGCAAAGCUCUUAGGAGAUGGAAAUUCCAUUGCCAUUACAAACACCCUAGCAACAAUUGGUUACAUUGCUCCAGAGUAUGGACAGGAAGGUCUUGUAUCUACACGUAGCGAUAUGUAUAGUUAUGGCAUUAUGUUGCUUGAAGUUUUCACAAAGACUCAACCUGGAGAUGAAAUGUUCAGCGAAGAAUUAAGUCUGAGAAGUUGGGUGCACAGUGCACUUCCUACAAACAUUGGUAUGAUUAUAGAUCCAAAUUUACUUGGACCAGACGAAGAAAAGUAUAAUGAAAAGUUGCAGUGUGUGUCGGCUAUCUUUGAGCUAGGCAUGAAAUGCUCAGCACAAUCCGCUCGAGAAAGGAUGACCAUCAAAGAUGCCUUACCAGCACUAGAAAAGAUCAAAGUUCAACUUCUUUCGCUUUAUCAAUAUUCAAAGUAGUAUGUUAGCAUCUUCCGUUGUAUCUUUCUUGGAAUGGAAAUAAAUAAAGUGCGGCAGAUACACCUUUGUGCAA